AAAAAUAUUCACAAAAGUAAUCAAUAUAGUAUUAGUACAUUCACGCUAGUACUGUUAUCUCACGUAACCAUGUUUAACCCUCUAUUGAGUCUAUUCUAUUCGAUCUUUAACCCUCUUUCGUAAUAUGAUCGUGGGCGGACAAUCCUGCAGACGACGGAAAUGUUGAGUUCUCUUCCCCAUACUUUCAGCCAAUCACAGACGUCUAUACAAGUGCUUUAACCAAUCCCCUGCCAGCAGCUCUAAGUAUGGCGGGAUGAUCUCAGUGUAAUCUCCGCGCUGACUGUAAAUGUAAUACUGCAUUUUUUUAAAGCAUGGGUUGUGGUCACUGAUAAUAUUAGUGAAAGAUGUCAUUACUACCACAGCAGGUAGCAAGCAGAAAUCAAAAUGUGGCUGUGGCGAUGCCUACAGUGUCUGCUGUAGUCAGCUUUCCUGCUCCAACUGAAGAUGUUUCUUUGGACAUCGCUCAGGAAGGUGUGCAGGAAUCUGCAAGUGAAGAAGUGUUCUCUAAUUACCGCCACAGGGAAGUGGUAGCAGGGUGUAAGCCCCAUCCGGCAGACAUUGUGGAGGCUGCUCCACUGGCUGCUCUAGAUCUUCCAAAGGAAUAUUAUCCCAUCACAGACAGUUUGACAGAAGAAGCCAUUAAGGAGUGCAGACUGAGCAGUCUUCAGCUAGAAGGCAUUAUUCAUGCCUGCCAGCGACAUCAAGUCAUUUUAGCCAAUGGACAGCGAGCUGGCUUUUUUAUUGGAGAUGGUGCUGGUGUAGGCAAAGGCAGACAGAUUGCUGGCAUACUUUUGGACAAUAUUGCCAGGGGCCGGACUCGUCACAUCUGGUUUACGAUUUCUGCUGAUCUAAUCGUUGAUGCAAGGAGAGACUUGACUGACAUUGGCUGCUACACAAAAGUCAUUGAAGGAUGCCAAGAACUGGACAGAGAAACCAGAGCACUGGGCCUCCCACACGAUUUCAAGGAAGGCAUAAUCUUCAGCACCUAUGCUUCACUUGUUUCAUCUGUACAACAUGGAGGAAAAUUUAGUAGCACUCGAAGGAGUCGCCUACAGCAGCUGAUGGACUGGUGUGGAGGAACAAACUUUGAAGGCUGCCUUAUCUUUGAUGAGUGCCACAAAGCCAAAAACUUUGUUCCUGAUAAGGAAAAAGCAAGCACAAAGGUUGCCCUGGCUGUGACCGAAAUCCAGAGGCUCCUGCCCAAAGCUAGAGUUGUGUACUGCAGUGCAACAGGUGUCAGCGGUGUGAAGAACAUGGCUUUUAUGGAAAGACUUGGCCUUUGGGGAGAUGGAGCACCCUUUCAGAGCUUUGAACAAUUCUUUGAAACUGUUCACAGGAAGGGGUUAGGUGUGGCAGAGAUGUUGGCCAUGGAGAUGAAAAGUUCAGGGAUAUAUGUUUCUAGAGGCCUUAGUUUUCGUCAGGCGGAGUUCGUAACAGUCGAGGUGCCGCUAACCCCAGAACAGCGCAAAGUAUAUGAUACCGCUGCCAAUCUGUGGAAUGAAGUCCAGAAGGCAUUGGCACAUGCAUCAGCUCGCACUGGGGAUAGCUACAGCCGGCUUUGGACACAGUAUUGGGCAUCUCAUCAGCGCUUUUUCCGGCAGCUUUGCAUUAGUAUGAAGGUACCUGCAGUGGUGGCUGAAACUAAGGUAGCACUUGACACUGGCCAUGCUGUCAUCAUUGGCUUACAGACAACUGGAGAAGCUUCAUUAGAUAGUGAGGUUUCUAGAAACAAUGGAAACAUAAAAGGAUUCAUCUCAGUAUGCAGAGAAAUUCUUUUGAAUUUCAUCAAAGUUUAUUUUCCCACUCGAAAAGAACAAAAGCCGGGUGACACAAAGCCACCAGAAGAAGACCCUUGGAGUGUGCAAGCCAAGCAGAUUCUUCUGAACUUUGCAGAAAAACUUGAUCUGCCCAAUAGUUCAUUGGAUGAGCUAAUAGACUUGCUGGGUGGCCCCAGCAAGGUAGCAGAAAUGACUGGAAGACGAGCACGCCUGGUGCGCCACUCACCCAAGGACAAGGUCUCUUAUGAACAGCGUGCCAACCAUGAGAGUGGAACAGAGUAUAUCAAUGUUAAAGAGAGGAACCAGUUCAUGGAAGGGAAGAAACUCGUGGCAAUAAUUUCAGAUGCUGCAAGCACAGGCAUUUCUCUUCAUGCAGACCUGCGAGUUGAAAACAGGAGGCGCCGUGUGCACAUCACCUUGGAGCUUCCUUGGAGUGCAGACAAAGCAGUUCAGCAACUGGGCCGCUCACAUCGCUCCAGCCAGAGCAGUGGACCACUGUACAAGCUCCUGACUACAGAUCUUGGUGGAGAGAGACGUUUUGCAGCAGCGGUGGCACGCAGACUGCAGUCUUUAGGCGCACUCACAAAGGGUGACAGGCGAGCUGCCAUAGGCGCUGAUUUGAUGGAGUUUAACCUGGACACACCAUAUGGCCGCAGUGCCUUGAAGAUUAUGUACAAUAGUAUAAGUCAGAAACAACUGGCACCUGGUGUACAGCUCUCUAAGCUGACAACAGCAGAUUUCAUGCAGUUCAAUGACUUAUUGCAGGAAAGCCUGGUGCAAAUGGGUGUUGUAGAACAGUAUGCUUUGAAUGUUGGUGCCAUGGUGCCAGAGAAACACAUGGGGGAUGUCACAAAGUUUCUGAACCGCAUUCUGGGACUUCCCACAGAUCGCCAGAACCUGAUCUUCAGUUACUUCACGGAAUGCCUAGACGUGAUUGUGCAGAAUGCUAAAAGGGAGGGAAGAUACAAUGAAGGGCUUUUGGAUGUGACAGCAGCUUCCAUUCAGAUGGUGAAAGAGCCACAAGAAGUCUUCAAACAUCUCCAAAGGGGACAUGGUGCCACAAAGCUGGUGGAGCUUGAUGUUGAUCGUGGAAUGAGCUGGGAAAUGGCAAUGAAGCGAUAUGAAAACUAUUGUAGCAUGGGGCUGAUAGCAGGCUUCUAUGUCUCCAAGCGUGACAUGUUCGGUCAAAAAAUGUACAUUUUGGCCACACCAAAAGAAAAUUCAACUCAUCUCUUCCACAUUGCAAGGCCUAACACAGGGGUGUCUGCUUUUGAGCAAGAGAAGACUGACCUCUUGAACAAGUAUACACAAGUAACUCUUGAUGCUGCAGAGAAGGGAUGGAGGAGAAGCUAUGAAUCAAGCAAGGAUAACUGCAUGCAUGGACGACACUGCAAGUUCAAGGACUCUUGUACAGUUGGGAAACGCAGUUAUCGUCUUCACCUCCUGUGUGGAAACAUAGCAACUUUGUUGACUGUUCUUGAAUCAGUCUUGAUUCGCAAUAUUCCUCGACUGGGCCUAAGUAAGUAUGAAAGCCAGCUACGUGUUGUGCGAGUGGCUGUUGAUGGAGGAGAACGUGUGGUAGGAGUGCGGUAUCCAGAGGUCCUCAUUCCAGAGGUUGAGGUUGUACUCAAGGAGCAGAAGCUGAAUGACAGACUCGCUAGGGUACAGGCGGCACUGGUCUGCAAGCAACAGGCAGAAACAGCUGCAGAGUCUCUUCCAUCUUCUAACUCCCAGCAACAGAGCAAACCCUUUGUUCACAGCCAGGCCAGAAUUGAGGAUGUGACUCCAGUUAACCAGAAACAUCGCACGCAGGCCCUUCGUCCUCCAGUGACCAUCAAAAGUUUUUUUAAACCCAAGUCACAGACAUUAGGCAACAAUGAGAAUCUGGGACACCAGCAUGCUGAAAGGAAUGGUGUGAGCAAGAACUUAACUGAAAAAGAUAAGGUAUUUGAAGAUGCUGAACGUCCGUCAUGUUCUGAUCAAUCAGUGCCUGUCAACUCGGACACAAACAAACAUUUGAAGGGGCAUGACAAAGAUGAUGAAGAUGGCAAUUCUUUGACAAACCCAUUAAGUGAAGACAGUUCAGACUUCCAGAAGGUGACAAAAAACUGUCAUAACAAUGACAAUCCUAGAGCAAAGACAGAUCAUGUUCUUAUCUCUCAAUCAAAAGUAUUGAAAAGAAAAUCUGUUAAGCCAUCAAAAAACAAAUGUAAAAAGCCAGACGGCACCAAAAAAGGGAAAUUUGUAAAUGUUCAGCAGAAAUGCCCAAUAUGCCAGGAGCCAUUUAAACCAGGUGCAUCAAACCAAGACAUUAAUGCACACAUUGACAACUGUGUAAUAGAGUAAGUGUAGAUGGUGCUACUUGAUGCAAUAACUUAGUAAACUACCAGGACGCGAGGUAUUUAUGGCUGAAAUACAAUUUUGUUAUGUGACAAAAUGAGCUGAAUGGGGUGUAUUUUAGUAACCAGCCAUGAAAAAGACAUUGUACAAUAUUUGCAUGUGUGCACCCAGAAAACCUUUUAUGUCAUGUCAUCCCAUAACUUUGCAGCUAAAACCAAUCAUAGGGGAGAGCUGAUAGUGAGGCAUUUGUGAAAUCAUCAACCAAAGUCUUGGGCCUGCCUGAGAACCUGACUAUUUUGCAUGCAUGUUUAAACAGGUUGUCUAGACUUGUGCACCUACAUAAGGGUCAUUUUGUGUCUUGUGUCUAGACUGUAGUAUGCUUUGCAACGGUCAUCUAUUUAGAUUCCUUAGACAUCAUGACCAACAGCAGAGCUGCAGCCUUUGCCUUUUCUUAACCCUCUACACACAGAAUUUUACCUGCAUGGGUAACAGGAUGAACAGUAAAUGAAAUUUGUUCACCAGAUUUUGGGAGGAGGUGGAAGGGGGGACAAAUUGAAAUUUGUUUUCUCAGACUUUUGAAUAAACACAAUAAAAUUUGCAUGGUGGCUACUGGUAUUGAACUGUGAGUGAUGGAAUCAGAGAAAAGUCAACCUGCCACUUUCAGUAUUCUCUGAAAGAUCUACCAUUUAUUGCUGAGUAGGGGAUUAUUUCUAUUUCUUUAUUUCUUAUGGGGAAAUUUGCUUUAGUUAACGACUACCUUCCAGGAAUGGAUUGUGCUCCUUAACAAAAGUAUUACUGUAUUUGUAUAACACUGUUCUAAAGACAACAAUUCAAUACACAUUUCCUUGUACCACACAAACUUGCUUCUUAGUAUGUUUAUUACAGUUACACUGUUUUAAACAGUGUUUGGCAGCACACAUCACAAACAGUUUAGAACUAGGUGGGCACUGUAAGGUCAAGGGGCCAGGUUCACAUCAACUCUUAAGAGCAGCAUGGGAAAGACAACAGCAAUAACACACAGCAACUAGCCCAAAGUGCAAACAUUUCUCACACAUCACCCAUCCCUACCCCCCUUCUCGUGGGAAGGGAGGGGUGGAGACUGGCUACACAAAAACUGCACCACAUACAAUGACUUCACAUCAACCAGAGAUGCUGCUUCUAAAGAAAACCAUGAUGAUUCAAGAAUGUUAAACACUGAUACAUAGCAUUUUGCUGUUUUUAUGAGAGUACAAGGGGCAUGACGACAGGUGGCUAAUGAUUUUGUACAUUCCACUACAUGUAAUGGAGGGGCGGUGGUUAGCAGGGGUGAGGAAGGUAGGCAGCUUUAUUGCUCUAUUUACCCAGAAAUCCAACUGAGAAAAGCCAGCUAUUGAGAAAAUGGUGUAUUUCACAUGCUUCCAAAAAUGCUAGUGUAUAGAGACUAGCAUAUACU